AUGCGACUUGUUGGUUUUUACAGGUACCAGCAGCAACUCCAGCAUGCUCCUUCGGCGCUUGCGAACGCAAAAGUAUCUCCGGAGCAUGACGGUGGGCCAUUUGCACAAAUGUAUGUGCAGGCCAUGCGGCGCUCUGGGUCUGGAACAUCGCAACAGCCUACAUUUCCCCAGCAUCCAGGACCCCCCUUUGGAGCUAAACCAGCUGGGCAGGUGGGCGGGGAAAAGUGGCAUUCUUUCGUACAGACUGCUUCCUCUGAAGCCGCUACAACAGAUGCAAAGGCCAGAACCGAGGCGACGAUAGCUGAUUCUUUCCUAAAACUGCUUGACAAUCCUCAGUAUCUGCAACAGUUCCAGCAACCGCUUUCGCUGUCUGCGAACGCGAAUGAAUCUCCGCCACAUUGUGGUGGGGUUGGGAAACACGCCCGUGUGCAUGCCAUUGGGCGGUCGGGAGGACGGCAGCAUCUUACAUUUCCCCAGCAUCCAGGACCACCGGCAGGGGCUAAGCCUGCAGGGCAGGUUGGUGGGGAGAAGUUGCACUCGCGUGUACAACGGCGUACUUCGUCUGAAUCUGCCAAUGUAACAGAGGCAAAGGCGAGCGCAGAGGCGAUGAUAGUGAAAUACUUCAUUGCUGUUUUGCCCAAUGUCAGAGGUUGA